UGGGUCGUAUUCGGUUAGUUAGGUAGCGUGUAUCUCGUCUUGUGCCGCACAGUAAUGGCGGACUUGGCGCAAAGUGAGCUGAGAGGUUGAGCUGUAGGCUUGCUACUUCAGCCUGCUAGCUACUUAAGUAAUGCUUUAGAAGUGUCCACAGAGUAAAGGUGAAGAUGAUUAAAAAGGGGCGUGUAUACGUAGAAAAUGCAUUCUUUUAUUUUUAAGAAACGCUAAGCUGAUGUCAGGGGAAACACCUCUGCACGCAGAACCCCGAACUAGUUAGCUAAUGAGACUUAGCUAGCUAGCUAUAUGGUUGAAACCACAAACAUUAAGUAGUUAUUCCACCCUGCUACCUGUCUUAUAGAGCACCAUUUAUUUUGUGCGGGAUCAUUUUGGGCAAAUUAGUGAGCUAGCGUAAUGCAAUCACAUGUUGCUCAAGCAUACAAAUAACAGCGCUGUUAUACGAGCGCUGUGUGUUUGGAUGUAUGCUCAGGCAGUUUAAAACGAUAAUUGUAGUGAUUUCAUUUAUGAAAGUUUAAAUGGAAACAUAAUGGUACGUUUCGGUAUGCAGCAAGCUGCAUGGAGUCAGAUCCUGUAGUGAAUUCGUGUGUGCCAUGUCAGCUCAUGAGAAGUCCAGGUCGUGUUUACGUUCUUGCCGAAUGUCCCCAUAGAUCCAUAAUCAGUGGAAGAUAUGCUACUUGUGUGAACUUCGUGUUCAGUAGGCCCAGAUGAGGGGUGGUAAACCGCUACCACGGUGUUCUUUCAAUAUAUUCAACCCGUUGAUAGUAUGCUGCGAGAAAGUUCACUUCAUAUAUAUUUAUUUACGCGUUUGCAAACUUGUUUUGGCUUUGCCACAGACCCAAAGCGUGGCCAUCUAACGGAAGCACAAGGGAGUAUCUGUCGAUAGAUUUUAUGCUGGUUUGUCAAAAUUUCCCGCUUUCUUAAAAUAUUGCUGAUCAUGAAAAAGCAAGAAGAGCUGAAGCCUUUAAUAUUGACACACUACUUAAGAGGCCGAAACUUACUGUGUCGUUUUCCUUCCUAUAUAUUUUUGUUUGUAAGCAUGACACACAUUGGGAAAUAAGAGCAUGCGUUUGGAGAAAAAAACAUCUUUGUUAUUGCUUGUGGUCCUGAAAACCCUGAACAUCGCGAGGUUUCAUCGGCACAUAAAUCGGCCAAUGAGCGCAAAGGUCUGGUAAAGCUGCCUGUUUGCAGGAAAGCUGGAAUUCUAAAUGUACAGAUCCAGUCUAUGGUACAUAUACAGUUUGGAAAGGCGUGGACAAUGUCUACGUUUAUCAUUAGCAGCCGAAAUAAACCUGGUGCAACAUGGAGCCCUCUGAAGGUCCAGGAUCUUUAGACUCAUUUCAACUUGCUAACGAAACUUUACGACGAGACUUGCUUUCUGCACAGACCAACAUGGAGGUCUCCUGUACAGAUUUCCUGGGCGCAGAUCAAUUCGGUGCCAAACAGCAGGCUUCAGAGCCACCGUCACUAACGCAAUCUGAAAGGGAACGGCAGAAAACACAAGACAGUCUAAGCAUAUUGGGGGACCCAGACUCACUGGAACUAUCCAAAACCCAAGUAGAAGAGUUCUACAGCCGAGUGUUUCCAGAAUCAUCUGAGCCAUCCUCGAGUUCCUGGCAAAAGGAUUCUACCAGCCAGGACCACAUAGAAGCUAAGUCACCAAAGGGAGCCGAGCUGGCUGAGACCAGGCACAAAAUGGACACUCGUGAGGAAAAACAGGACACUGACCGUGAACCGAGAGGACCCAGCCUGGCAGGUUCUACUGACCUGCAGCCUUGCACGUCACCAAAGAUGUGCGAUGAUGAUGUACAAUCGUUUGCCGAAGGAGGAACUCUGAAUUCUGAGAAUGAGCCCCAAAAACUAGAGGACUCAGCAGAUCACAGGAUGAUAUCAGGAAAACAGGAGGAAAACAAAGUCAUACUUGACCCCCAAGAACCAGAAUCCAGUGCAGAUGCUCUUCCUCUCAGCAGAGAUACAAUGAAAGCCACUGGGCCUGAGAAUAGAGUGGAGGAAAAAAUUGGAAGUACCCCAGCAGAGGGCAGUGUAGGCCCACAGAUCAGUGAGGUCAAGCCUGGAGCAGUGACCGAAGCUAAGGAUUUCCCUGCAGCUUCUAGCCCCACUGAAAAUGCAACGGAGUCUGAAAAUGCACGUGAUAAACUGGAGAGUAGGAGAGCCCAACGUCUGAGGAGAGGAGACUCCAGGCGAACAUCGCAGAACUCCUCAAACAAUGUCAAGCUCUCUGAUGACGAUGACUCGGACGCCAUGGUGGACGACCCCAAGGACGCGGACUUUGUCCCUCACGCGACGACGCUGCCCCGCCGCUCCCCCCGGGUGACCAUGCGGAACCAGAGGGCGGCGAGCAGCCCCUACUCGGCCCCCGAGCCCGCCCCCCACACGGCGGCCCGAAACUCCUCCCCCUCGAGCGCCACUCACGGCCACGCCCAGAGGCCAGGGGCCUGCCCCAGCUUACCGCGGAACGCGCCGCGGUCGGCCACCAAGAUGCACUGCGCCCACUGCCGCACCCCCCUGCAGAAGGGCCAGACGGCCUACCAGCGCAAGGGCAUGCCUCAGCUCUUCUGCUCCUCCACCUGCCUCUCCUCCUAUGCCAAGAGACCGCCUAGGAAAAAGCCUUGUGUCUUCUGUAAAAAGGAUAUCGGAAAUGUUAAAGAAACAGUUUUUGCCCAGACGGGACCGUCCAGCUCCUUCCAGGAAUUUUGUAAUAAUAUCUGUCUUUCGCUGUACGAGGCCCAGUUUGAGACGCGAGCCCCGUUGAUAACGGAUCCCACCGCACCGAAAUGCAGCAUCUGUCACAAAGUGGGGGAGAUGCUCCACGAGGUGAGCAGCGGGAACAUGGUGCACCACCUGUGCAGCGAUGCCUGCUUCAACCGUUUCCGUGCCACCAAGGGCCUGAAGACCAGCUGCUGCGACAGCUGCGGGCUCUACAUCUACGCCAAGGCCGCCCGCGCCGAGUACCUACUCCACGACGGGCAGCAGAGGCGCUUCUGCAACACCACCUGUCUGGCUCAGUUUAAGAAGAAAAACACUAAAGUGCUCCCGUGCCAGUGGUGCAAGACUCUUUGCAAGAACUUCGACAUGCUGUCCAACCCCGAUGGCAACGGCAAAACGCUGCUCUUCUGCUCGGUGUGCUGCAUCACGUCUCACAAAGUGAAAAGCACCUGGGACGCCGCUCCUGCUCGACCGUGCGGCUUCUGCAGACGCGCGCUCUCCGAACCCGCGUACUACUACAAGACCGACCAGGUCGUCUACCAGUUCUGCAGCCCUAGCUGCUGGACCAAAUUUCAGAACAACAGCCCCGACGGUGAUAUUCACUUAAGUUGCCACUCCUGCCAUACCAUGUUCAACGGGAAACCAGAAAUUCUCGAUUGGCAGGACUCCAUCUUCCAGUUCUGCUGUAAGGAGUGCUGCGAGGACUACAAGCGGCUGCACGGCGUGGUGAUCGUCUGCGAGCACUGCAAGCAGGAGAAGCUGCUGCACGACAAGAUCAGGUUCUCCGGCGUGGAGAAGAACUUCUGCAGCGAAGGCUGCAUCUUGCUGUACAAGCAAGACUUCACCAAAAACCUGGGCCUGUGUUGCAUCAACUGCACGUACUGCUCCCAGACCUGCACGAGGGCCGUCACCGAGGAGCUGGACGGAAACACGUGGGACUUCUGCAGCGAGGACUGCAAAAGCAAAUACGUCCUCUGGUACCUGAAGGCUGCCCGAUGCCACGCCUGCAAAAGGCAGGGCAAGCUCCUGGAGACCAUCCACUGGAGGGGGGAGAUAAAGCACUACUGCGACCAGCGCUGCCUUCUGCGCUUCUACAGCCAGCAGAACCAGCCCAACCUGGACACCCAGCGGGGCCCGGAGAGCCUGCUCAACAGUCAAUCCCCAGAGUCUCCCCCUACCACUGCAAAGAAAGUUGAAGUCACAGUAAAGGUGCCGCCAGCUCGCCUUUCCCCAUCGCCUUCUCCUCCACUCCCACCCUCUCCUAACGAACCUCAGAAGAACAAAGCGUCCAUCUGCAAGCCCUCAACGGAGACCAGAUGUGUGACCUGUAAGCCUAAAACCAGGUCGCAGGGUUGCCAGACAGACGAUUUUGUGAUGCCCCAAACCUUCAUGCUGCCCAUCCCGGUGCCUGUCUUCAUCCCUGUGCCACUGCACCUGUACUGCCAGUACACCCCUGUACCCCUCACCCUGCCCCUGCCGGUUCCUGUCCCCAUGUUUCUGCCCACAACCCUGGAGAACGCGGAUAAGAUCGUAGAGACCAUCGAGGAGCUGAAAGUCAAGAUCCCAUCAAACCCCCUGGAGGCGGAUAUCCUCGCCAUGGCCGAGAUGAUAGCUGAGGCCGAAGAGAUGGGCAGAGCCUCUUCCGACCUGUGUGAUUUGUCCAGUAACCAGAGUGCAGAGGGCUUGCUGGAGGACUGUGAUCUGUUCGGCCCAGCCCAAGAUGAUGUGCUGUCCAUGGCGGUCAAGAUGGCAAAUGUUUUGAACGAGCCUGUUCCAGAAGAUCUGAGUGCUAGCCUCCCUAAAACUCCUCUAGACUUGAACCCCAGUGUUGAGUUCCUGUUUGACUGUGGGAUGGUUACACCAGACAGCGAUCGUCCAGAACAUGAGCUCCCUGCAGCGGUGCAGAAGGGAUCAAAGCAACUCAGGCUGUCGGAGAGCUCUUCCAGGGACCCGCUACCUGCCCCAGCCAGAGGCACAGGGUUAAGCUGCACGUUUGGGGUCAAUGCUUGGAAAACCUGGGCCCACAGCAAGCAGCCAGCUUCAGAGGAGAGAAAAACGAAACAAGUUAAAAUAAAAGAGGACCUUCUUUCUUGUACGGCUGCUGAGCUUAAUUAUGGUCUGGCGCAGUUUGUGAGAGAGGUCGCAAGUUCUGAUGGAGAAGGCUACCAGGCGGACAUUGUGUACUACAUGUGUCUUGGGAUUCAGCAGUACCUUCUAGAGAACAACCGGAUGGUGAACAUCUUCACAGAUCAGUACUACCUGACCUUUGUGCAGGAGCUGAAUAAGAUACUGAGCAGGUGGCAGCCCAGAAUGUCUCCAAAUGGUGACCCUUUGUCGCAGGUGGAAGAGGAGCAUCUGUGGGAGUGCAAGCAGCUGGGCGUGUACUCGCCCUUCGUCCUCCUCAACACCCUCAUGUUCUUCAACACCAAGUACUUCGGCCUGCGGACCGUGGAGCAGCAUCUCCAGUUGUCCUUCAGCAACGUGGUGCGGCAGUGCAAGAGAAACUCCACGUCGCAAGGCCCCGCUAAGAUGCUCAGCAUCUGCUACCUCCCCAGCCACCGGCAAAGGACAGCCAAAGAGAGCAGUCUGGGAAAGAGGAAGCGAGAGGAGGACGUGGUGGAGCUGGAACAGCAGGAGAACAGGAUGAACCCCCUCAGAUGCCCUGUCAAAUUCUUUGAGUUCUACCUUUCCAAGUGCUCCGGGAGCGCGCGCAACCGCAGCGACGUGUUCUACCUGCAGCCGGAGCGCUCGUGCGUGGCCGAGAGCCCGCUCUGGUACUCGGCCCUGCCCAUGGACCGGGGCACGCUGGGGAACAUGCUCAACAGGAUCCUGGCCGUCCAGGAGAUCUACGGAGACCACGCUGCACAAGGGAACCUGGACUGAUCGCCCAUCCUGCUCCUGUUCUCUGCACUGCCCCCCACCCCCGUCCCUCCUUCCCCUCUCGCCCUGUCCCCC